AUGCGUGUCUUCGCUGGCGUCUAUGACCUCACCGGAUUCCCAGGAAGCCUCAGUGCCAUAAGUGACGUCGCUAAAGGUCCCGAUGGCAAGACUGACUGGUCGAUUUUCCACACUAUAGCCAUCGGAAACGAGCUUGUCAACGGCGGCACGAACGAGCCUGGCGAGGUUGUCAGUGCCGUGAAACAAGCACGCUCUAUUCUCCGCGGACAGGGUUACAAGGGCCCAGUCGUCACUGUCGAUACUUUCUCUGUCCUCCUGGACCACCCUGAACUAUGUACUGCAUCUGACUACUGUGCUGCAAACUGCCAUGCGUUCUUUGAUGCGAAUCAACACCCCGGUGGCGCGGGUGCCUAUGCCCUUGAACAGGCGCGAAGCAUCUCCGCCGCAGCUAAUGGGAAGCACACCAUGAUCACGGAGUCUGGGUGGCCUCAUGCCGGAGACGCGAACGGUGUCGCCAUUCCAUCACCGCGUAAUCAGCAAACCGCACUCGAUAGCUUGAGGAAGAGCUUCGAUCACCGUCGUGAGGAUCUGGUGCUUUUUACUGCUUUUGAUGAUUUGUGGAAAGACGACAAUAGCUAUACGUUUGGCGCGGAAAAGUUCUGGGGUAUUCAUGGUGGGCUUUAG